CUUUCCAAAUCAAAUCUCCCUCCCGCUUCGAGAAAACGUAACAAACUGAACCAGUCCCCGGCAGCGUAGUGAGAAAAAUACGACGUCGCAUUGCAGCCAUGGAGGCGCUACCCAUCCCGACGGACACGUACAAACUAGGGUUUAUCGGAGCAGGUAAAAUGGCUGAGAGCAUCGCCAGAGGAAUCGUUCGAUCGGGGGUUCUCCCUCCCAAUCGCAUCUCCACCUUCCACCGUGACCCCAGUCGUCGCCAAGCCUUCGAGUCCUUCGGAGUCCAUCUCCUCUCUGAAAACGACGACGUGGUCGAAGAGAGUGACGUCGUCAUUUUCUCUGUCAAACCUCAAGUUGUUAAAGAUGUAGUUUCGCAGUUGAGGCCGCUUCUUUCCAGAAAGAAGCUGCUUGUUUCAAUUGCUGCUGGAGUCAAAUUGAAAGAUCUGCAGGAAUGGGCCGGUCACAACCGAUUUAUUAGGGUAAUGCCAAAUACUCCUUCAGCUGUCGGUGCAGCAGCCUCAGUUUUGAGCUUGGGAGGAGGUGCAACAGAACAAGAUGGGGACCUCAUAGCUAAAGUAUUUGGAUCAAUAGGCAAGACAUGGAAAGCUGAUGAAAAAUACUUUGACGCAGUUACUGGCCUGAGUGGCAGUGGUCCUGCAUAUAUAUAUUUGGCAAUAGAGGCUUUGGCAGAUGGAGGAGUUGCUGCAGGUUUACCUCGAGAACUUGCGUUGGGUCUAGCAUCUCAAACUGUAUUAGGAGCAGCAUCUAUGGCUUGUCAUACUGGGAAGCAUCCAGGUCAGCUAAAAGAUGAUGUAGCAUCACCUGGUGGAACUACCAUUGCCGGCGUUCAUGAGUUGGAGAAGGGUGGAUUUCGUGGAAUAUUGAUGAAUGCAGUCCUUGCUGCUGCCAGCCGCAGCCGAGAAUUUUCUCGGAGCUAGACACAGAUAGUGACUUUCUUAUUUCAACGCAUAUUCGUGUCAUUGCAAUGAAAUCCAAUUUUUGUUCUCCUCCGUAGCUCAGGGGAUAAACAAAUCGUUUCCGCAGAAUAUUAUUACAGAUUAUAGUACUGUCCCUCGCUGCAUUCUGCUGAAUUGAACGUUGCUUGAAAUACUGCUUCAAGCUUGGAAUACAGGUAAAAUAAGAUAAGUAGUAACAAAA